UCCCUCUCUUGUCGUCUACCUUUUUCCAGCUCCUUUUUUUCCUUCCCUUCUCUCCUGCAUUCCUCUCCUCUCUUCCACCUUUAGCUACCCUCCUUUCUGUUCGGAUCCCCUCUCUCAUCCUCACAUCCCCUCCCUUUUCUGUGCCCCAAGAUUUAUCAUCACCCAUUCAGUUUGUUUUCAAACCACCUUAUUUAAUUUCACGGUUAUACCCUCCCCCUCACACUCGUGUUAAUUUUUAUCCGUUCCUCCUCUCUCUCUCUCUCUCUCUUUCCUCCUUCGCUCUCUCCUUUCAUUCAUCAGUAUGACGUCUGGAUUUUUUCAUCACCUUUCUUCCUCCAUUGCAUCAUCGCUUGCUCCCUCUUUCCUGAAGGGGAGGGGGAGAGAAGAAGAGCGAGAGAGAGGGAGAGUGGGAACUGCCAAGGAGAUUGCCUUAAGAAGAACAGAGCGAGAGAGAGAGAGAGAGAGCGAGCAAGUGAUGGGUAGGAGGAGGCAGAGGUUUUUGUCUUGGUUUUGUCUGAUCCGACAUGAGCCACAGAACGUGAGUGCUUGACCGAGAACAGGCAUCUCUCACUGGACGCAUCACCCUCACCCUACCACUCAGUCUGUCUGUCUGUCUGCCUGCCUGCCUGGAGCUGGAGCUGGGGCUGGAGCUGUGGUAGCGACGGGCUAUCGGAGAGGCUAGCAGGCACAGUGGCUCUGAUGAGAAGAGGGGCUAAGCUGAGCCGGUGGGCUUGCUCUCUGCCUCACAGACACAUUUUAUUGACUUGCUAAUUGCCUAAGACACUCAGAGGAGAGGAUGCAGUGACUGAAGGGCGCGAAGGAACCAACUGUACAGAAGAGCGUUACAGGCAGUGGAACAGUGACUGCGUUCUGCCUAUCUGACCACCAUUUCUGCUUCUCUUUACUGUGGGAAUUACAACAGAUGUUUGCAGCCUGCCUUUCAUUGAUCCGCACAAUGUGCAUACGUGAUUCAUGCAUGACAUUAGUGUGUCUUUGCCUCACAUGCAGUCGGAAGUAGACUCUCACCACCACAUGCUUUGCAACACGUGAAUGAUUUCCAUAUGGAUGUUUGUUCUCUUAUUUACAUUCAAACCUGUUUUUCUCUGCUAGGUCUGCUUAAGCUGUUGUUUACUGUGCUGUCUGGUUUGUCUUUACCACAAUACAUACCCUUUGGUGUCUGUGACGGUGCUACAUAUUUUUUUUUUUUUUUUUUUUUUUUUUUUUUGUCAACCAAUCAAAUGUAAUGGGGAUAUGAAGAUUCUGAAGCAUACAAUGAAUAUCCUUCCCUGGGAGUGAAGAAAUUAUCUGAAGAGAAGCUUACAGGCUGAAGACUGACUUGAGGCAUUUCACCUUGUGUGAUUUUGUGGAGUGGGGAACUACGUAGUACAGUCUUGUUGUAAAAAUGGACCAGGCUCAUUUGUUGACUCUUGCAUAAUUCCAGACUACCCAGUCUCAAACAUCAAGAUCGAGGAAAGCAAUCUCAGAUCCCUGGCAUCGGGCUGUAGAAUUAAUCUUUCAUAUGGAGAGAGAAAGGGGAAAAGAAAGAGAGGAUUGUGAAUGAACCUGUGGAGGAGACCAGUGAUCAGCAAAGAGAAGGUGACAAGGGGAUUACAGGAAGGAUUAAAAUAAAGUACACUCUAGAUUUAAGUAACUCAGCCUUGUUAAGUAUGCUCCGCUAAUUCCAGGUAGCUCCUACCACCUCUUGACAAAGUUACCAUUCUCCCACAUCAGACGUAUCCCUACGCCAGUUAGUUUGACAGUACCUUCUGACUGUUUUCUGGUCUGACUGUUGUCUCUCUGGUGAAGCCUCCAGCUGUGGGUUGCCAUGCCUGUUCCCUGCGGUUCUGUCUGGGUCAGAGUGAGGGCUCUGCCGCUGCUCUGAGGUUGGUCUACCUCCUUGUCUGCCAGCCUGCCGCCCCUAUGAGCCAAACAGGCACCCUACCAAGGCGCACCACCUACCUCAUCUCCCUCACCCUGGUCAAGGUCGAGGCGGUAGGGGGUGAUGGAAGGGCCACCGGGCCCCAGCCACAGCUGGCCCUUUCCCUAGGGAGAGGAGGUGUGGGGGGCCCUGGGUAUGAGCAGGAUGAAGAGCUGAGCAGGACCACUGAGGAUGAGGGAGGACAUUCGUGUGCCGUGGGGGAGGGAGAGGGGGACACAGAAAUGGAGGAAGAUGAGCAGGAGGACAUUAGCUUUGGGGGGCCUGUUCAGGAGCGGGGGAAGCCUGAGAUGAGGGAGAAAGAGAGUUGUGGGCCAGGCUCCUCGAAAGAUAUCACAUUGGGGAUUAAGAGCAAGGAGUCUCCCCUCUUACUGAAGAACAUGAAAGACCAAGUGAAGGGGCUUGCAGGUGUCCCCUCAGAGGCAGGGCUGAGGAGAGAGGGAACCCGUCCUAAAACCGAACUCUACAGGGAGCCACCCAUGCUGUUUCCAAGGGGCGAGGAGGGGAUGGGCGACCCAAGCAGCACCCUCUGCCGAGUCAGCGUGCCCAUCACUGUCCCUCCCAGGUUUACCCAUCGACCCGAGGUCCUGAUGAGGUCACAUGCCGGGGGGGGGGCUGUAAGCCGGCGGGAGUUGAGGGAAGCCGAUCAGAGUAUGCCUCCAUCUGCCAAGAGUCUGGACCGCAAAGACAACCGUAUAGGGGAUCGGUCGCCUAUGAUAGGUGCUGCGGCCGCCCUAGGGCCUUACCGAGCGUCCUGGGCAGACAGUGACGGCAGGACCACCCUCCUUCACCAGGGGGUCCCAGUGGGGGGAGGGUUUACAGCCGUGGUGACAAGGGAAAGCCCCCAAGGGGACAGGCUGAAGACAGGCUCCACCUCCCUGCCAGCUCAACCCACCACCCAGGUGUCCAAGCCGGCAAGGAAGGGCAAGAGCCGUACCCUGGACAACAGUGACCUGCACUCUCUUUCUGAGGACCUGAAGAAGGGGAAGGAUGGCAAGGGCCAGGGUCAGGGGGGAACCACCCAGCGCGCCCGCGACCGCAAGAUGCUCAAGUUCAUCAGUGGGAUCUUCACAAAGAGUACGCCUGCGCCUCCCAGCUCCAACACAACGCCCCUUAUUUACACACCCAUACAGAGGGGUUCUAGUGAGGAGGAAGCGGCGUGUACUAACAGUCAAGAAUGGACCUUCAGUCGAACUGUCCAAGAGCUCCGUCUGGGGGUGUUGGGAGGUCUCCGCAGUGGAAAGUCAGCCUUGGUCCACAGACACAUGACCGGGAGCUACCUCCCCCUGGAGAACCCAGAUGAGGGCAGGUAUAAGAAGGAGGUGCUGGUUGAUGGUAACAGUCACAUGUUGCUGAUCAGGGAGGAGACAGGACCCCCAGAUGCACAGAUGGCUAACUGGGUGGACGGGGUAAUCCUGGUCUUCAGUCUGGAGAAUGAGGCCAGUUUCCAGGAAGUUUACAGGAACUACAGCGAGCUGGGCUCUCACCGCAACAUUGCUGAGAUCCCCUUCAUAGUCGUGGGCACCCAAGAUAAAAUCACCAGCACCAACCCUCGGGUGAUAGAGGACGCCAGGGCCAGACAGCUGUGUUCAGACGUGAGGCGCUGUACCUACUACGAGACUUGCGCUACCUACGGCCUCAACGUCAACCGCGUCUUCACCGAGGCUGCCCACAAGAUCAUGGCAGUGAAGAAGCAGGCAGCUCUAUUGGCUUCCUGUAAAUCCCUGCCCAACUCUCCCAGUCACUCUGGAGGCUCUACGCCAGUGUCAGGAGUCUUUCCUGGGCAGGCCAGUAAUGGUGGUCAGAGCAGUGACUACUCGUCUUCUCUGCCCUCCACCCCAGUGAUCAGUCAUAAGGAGAUCGGUGGGGCAGCAGGCGGGGAGAGGCUGGGCAGCGCCACCCCAGGGUCUGUCCGCAGCGCCUCUCGGCGACGCACCGGCUCCCGCUUCACGGGCCGUAGGGGCAGUGACUCGGAGAGGAGGAGUACAGACAGUAAGACAGGAGACCUGGGCAGUGGACGCUCCAUCCCCAUUAAACAGAGUGUCCUGCUGAAGCGCAGUGGCAGCUCCCUCAACAAGGAAUGGAAGAAGAAAUACGUCACGCUGUCCAACAACGGCAUGCUCUCCUAUCACUCAAGCGUCAAUGACUACAUGCAGAAUGCCCAUGGGAAGGAAAUGGACAUGCUGCGGGUGACUGUGAAGGUGCCAGGGAAACGCCCGCCUCGUGCUGGUGCCGUCCCUUCCUGUGGCCCUCCGCCUGGCCUCAAUGGCCUGGUCAAAGACGUACAGGUGCCUGAGGGGGCCAGUGCAGUCCCUGGUAGUGGCAGUAACCUCCUGCCGGUAGAGGAGGGGACGGGAGGAGGGUUGUCAGAGGGGUGCAGAGGGGUGCAGCUCUGUCCCUCUACUGUCUCCUACAGGGCCCAAAGUGUGGACACUGCCAUCGAGGGUGUGUCCAACCCCUCCUCCUCUAAAGACACAGGUCCCGCCUCCCCGAUGGUUGACAGGAAGAAGCAUCGCAAGAAGAAGAGCAUGAACCUGAAAGGAGACACAGCAAUUGGCCAAGCAGAUGCAAAGCGCAAAAUGUGGAAACUAAAAAGCUUUGGUAGCUUAAGAAACAUAAACAAGACAGACGAGGAUAACUUUGACUUCCUUAUCGUGUCAAGCACGGGCCAGACGUGGCACUUUGAGGCCCAGAGUGUGGAGGAAAGGGACGCCUGGGUGACUGCCAUCGAGAGCCAGAUCCUGGCCAGCCUGCAGCUGUGUGAGAGCAGCAAGAACAAGGCUCGUAAGAACAGCCAGAGUGAAGCUGUGGCGCUGCAGGCUAUCCGUAACGCCAAGGGCAACAGCCUCUGUGUGGACUGUGAAGCACCUAACCCAACGUGGGCCAGUCUGAACCUGGGGGCUCUUAUCUGCAUUGAGUGUUCAGGGAUCCACAGGAACCUGGGCACCCACCUGUCCCGUGUCCGCUCUCUGGACCUGGACGACCUGCCCAGAGAACUCACCCUGGUGCUGGGCGCCAUUGGCAACCACCUGGCCAACAGCAUCUGGGAGGGACGCACACUGGGCCGCCGGAAACCAACACCCAACGCCACCCGAGAGGAGCGGGAAUCGUGGAUCCGGGCCAAGUAUGAGCAGAGGCUGUUUGUGGCUCCGCUGGUCCCGCCUUCCCCCUCCAUGUCCCCCAGUCAGGGGUCAGAGGUCAACACGCUGUCGGCCUGUCUGCUGGUGGCCGUGAUGGAGAGGGACCUCCCCCGCCUGCUCCUCCUCCUGGCCCACAGCACCAAGGACGACAUUAACGCCCCACUCCGCCCUGGGGGUCACCUCUCUCCUCAGCCCCCUGCUGCAUUCCCCAGCUCUCCCAUGGGGGGAUCCCCCCUGCCGCCCCACUCAGCGCUGCAUGCCGCCUGCCAGCUCGCCGACGUGGUCAUGACCCAGUUGCUGGUCUGGUAUGGCAGUGAUGUGAGGUGUCGGGACGCCCAGGGGCAGACGGCCCUCACGUUGGCGCGUUAUGCAGGAAGUCAGGAGUGUGCCGACAUCCUCCUGCAGUACGGCUGCCCCAACGAGCCGUCCCCCUCGGUCGCCACGACACCCAGCCUUUCGCGCAAGAGCAGCGCCACCAGCCUGAGCCGCAGCAGCAGCUCCAGAAGAGCAGUGUCUUAAUGUGACAGGGGUUAGAGCACACUGUGUGAAAGGGUGUGUAUGUACGUGUAAAAGUGUGAGUACAUGCAAUAUGUGUGUGUGUGAGAGACAGAGGUUGUGUGGGUGGUGCAUGUGUGUUUGUGACCAUAUGCAUGCCAGGGUAGCUCUAGUUGAAGGGGGAGGCUGUGUCAUCAGUGUCCUCUAAAAGGAACCCAUAAAGUCACACCAGGACUUGGUCCCAGACCAGAAGGACUGCAUGAACAAGCAGCCAACACCAUCACCACCCUUAGUGGUGCACGGGUCAGCUGUUUAUUCACCUACACCAGCCCGCAAUUGCUAAAUAACCCAUCCGCAACUGCCCGACUAUAUGUGAUAAAGUGAAAAUCUGAGGCCUGACCCUAACCCGCAAAUAUAUAAAAUGUUAAAAGCUGUAAAAACUACCCAACAUGUUUCUGGCAACAUUUCAGUUCGGCUUGGAUGCAUAUUUUAUGUGACUGAAAUAGGCUACUAUCAGCUUUUCUGAUGCUGAUAAAGAUAGGAACUUUACAGACGGUCCCUAACCACACAUUCAUUCUCUCAAGAUGCUGAAAUAAAUCAUUUCUCCAUUCCAGUCAAAAUGUACAUUUGGUGUAUAAUUUCACAAGUUAAUAUUAUAUUAGGCGGUAAUAUAUUCAGUGUGCAUAUUUCAGGAUACUAUUCCAUUUAAAGGUCCAGUGCAGCAUUUGUAUCUGUAUUUCAAAUCAUUUCUGGAUAACAAUUAAGUACUUUAGUGUGAAUGUUUUCAAUUAAAAUGGUCAAAAAGAAACAAAAUUGACUUCUUAGCAAAGAGCAAUUUUUCAAUAAGAAUUUAGCUAAGACUGUCUGGGAGUGGUUUGAAUGGGGAGGUGAAAACAGAAAAUGUGCUCUUAUUGGCAGAGAGGUUUGGAACUCUCUUGUCUAUUAACUAAUUUACCACAUGAUGAUGUCACCAUGAAAGGCCAAAACUCCCUCCCACCAAAUCAGGCUGUCUUUUCAAACAGAGCUUACACUAAAAGGGCAGUAUCAUAAUUUUCUAAAUUGUACACUAUUAUUCCAACCUCAUAGUGUGGAAAAAAAAAGAUAUAAAGAUAUAUAUAUAUAUAUAUAUAUAUAUAUAACAAAUCAUGUUUUUUGAAUGUACUGGGCCUUUAACCCAUCUGAACAGUAGCCUAUAGUUUCCUUGAUGUACCAUUUUGAAGUCCUCCUCUUGUGACUGUCAAAUUUGUAUAGCGCCUCACAAUCACACACAAUAUUUGGCACUGCUAUCCUCCUCUUUUACCACUUCACCAAAUCUUUCCCAAACAUCAGGCUACUGUUCUGGCGCUUCUAUUUAUUUUCAACUCUCCAUUUUGCAGCUCGUCUCUUAUUUAAUUAAACUCCAACAUUGUCCUUUUUCCUCAGUGGAUCGACAUGAACUUUUUCUGCUUAAGUUCGUAAAAGCAAUUGAUGAUUGCUGUGUAUUCAGAGUGUUCAGUUAGGCCCUAAAGUUUAGGCUUAGACUACACUCUAGCACCAGAUAAAAAAUAAUAAAAAUAAAUGUAGCCUAUAGAUAUGAAUUGCACAAGAAUUAUACAUUUAUGGAUUUUUUUUAAUGCAUAGUUUAUUCAACCCGCCUGACCGCCAUUCAGCCACACACUAUUUAAUUGCCCUAAACUGCAGGGACUGCAGGUUAUGAGUCAACCCACACAUCACUAACCACAGUAAAGCCAGGAGGCAGAACUCCCUCUAACUUGGCUCUGUGCAUGCAUGUUUGAAAGAGAGGGACUGGUCUGGUCAGUGGGGUACCUUGUCCCCACUAUGGCGCUGAUAAUAUAUACUCUUCCAGGCUCACCUCACCUGGGGCCAGAUUAAUGGCCUGUCCUGUAUACUGACUUGGGUUCAUGCCCAAUCACAUCUCUCAGACCACAGGGUUGGGAGAAGAAAACAAACCAGAGGUACAGAACUGCAAUAAUUGAAUUACCAGUGUGAGACAAUGGAUGUGGGUGGUCCUUCUCGCCCUUCUGUACCUCUGGAUGCUUGAAGUACCAUGAUAAGACUAUAGUAUGAAGACGGGAAGAUGGUUUCCGCUCUCAACAGCGGAGAAUGUCAGUUUAAAAUUCAUUAUGAACAUUUCUCCUGUGCUUUGAUGGUUAUGGUUGACGUGGAGCAGCUUAACUUAAAAUGCAGCUACAUCUAUAAAGAUGCUUCAAUAUGAUGAUAAAAGGAGUAUGAUGGGGCUCAUUGAAUCCUCUGGAUGACAUUGUACUUACACAGAAACUUAACAGUGGAGUCGAGACCAACAGCAAUGGCCAGUGCUGGAACUAUAAUGACCACUGUUAAAGUAUCACUGUACCACGGUCAGACAAAACGGUCAGUUACUGAACAAUGCUCAGCUGAGAUCAAAUUCAAAAGAAAUACUGUCCAACAGAUAUAGGAUUUGUAUUUUAAGAAUUUAAGGUCAAAAUAAUAAUUGUAUAGAAAGACAUAUGAAAUUGACAUCAUUACUAUACUUGUCAUAGUUAUCAAUAUUGAGAAGUACUUCAUGGACAAGAAUGUUAAUGUGGGUUCUGAAGUUUGUAUGGUAGGUUAUUGUUUAAUACACACAGGGGUUACUCUUAGCUGUUCAGAGAUACAAAACUGUGACAGAUUUGGUGAUUAUUUUAUUUGGCAGUCCGCUAUCUAGCUCCCUAACGUCACUUUGAGAUCCAAGAUGGAGACUUGUAAUGUGUGUGAAUAAUGCGUGUUUUGGAAAUGAGACCCACCCACCCACUAGGGCAGUUUCUAUAUGUCCUAUUUUAGCUGAACAGUGUUACUGCCAGACACCAUUGUAUUGUGAAACAAAUUAAAUGCCUUCCAGUUUGAUUGAAUGUAUUGCAAAUAUUGGGAAUGUUUUGUGUGCACUGCCACACCCACAAAAGAAAAAGGGGUUCAAAACCAAAACUCAAGACGUCAUUCUCGAUUAUUAUUCCAACUGUACAAAAUGAGUAUUAGUAAGGGAAAUUAAUUGCCUUGUAUUGAGAAUGAAAAGUUUGCUAGUGGCCACAAUAGAGACCAUUAUCAUAACACCACAAGGACCAUGUUGCUUUUAUAUUGGGACUUAUCAAUCUACUGCAGUAUGAUCAUACCUCUUUUAAUUGCUGAAAAUGAACAUUUGUCUGUAAAUUGUGUAUGCUUCUUUUGUUUUGCAGUGUUUUUCUACUCCUGUAUAUGAUUCAUGGCUCAUUCAAGUUAGCUGUCAAUACAAUUACUGUCAAACCUGUGGUUUUAUUUCUAUAUUUGGGAGUGUUUCAUAUUUUAAUGUGCAACUUUUAUCUGCUUAAAACAAAUAAGGAAAGGAAAAACAGUAUACAACAAAGCAACAAUAAAAAUGUAUUCUGGGUA